CAGUCAAAAUGGGCCUUCUUCCGCGACUCCGAGUUUGGACCGCUAAACAUCGAUCGGCAGCACUCCGUUCAAACCUCGCACCAAACGCGAAAGCCCGCGCCAACGAUGGAGCCCCGGCCGCUGGUGGAGCUUGAGGCGACGGCGAUGGAGGCCGAGCUUGGCCGCCGAGCUCACGAUCCCACCGACCUCGCUCAUGUCCUCGUCUCUGAGCUCUGCUCCGCGACCACCUCUAACUCUCCUGCUCUUUGGAAGCUGCUUGAUCGUGGGCUCUCGUCUCGGCUUCUCUCCCCUCUCCUCUGCUUCUCAUUGCUCGCUCCUAGGGUGAUCCCUCGCCGGAAGUCGCAACCGGAGGCUUACCGCCUUUUCCUUGAGCUCCUGAGACGAUAUGCUAUGUUUAUCCCUUGUCUGGAAUAUAAUCCUUGUAGAGAUAAGAUCAUUAAGUCGGUUGAUGAUGCUCUGCAGCUUUCGCAGAAUUACGGGUUUGAGAAAGUGGGAUUUGGAUGUGUUUUGGUUUCUUUCUAUUUAGAUUUGAUAAUAAAGUUGAUUGAUAGUACAAUGGAGGACUGGGGGUUGAAAUCAGGGCAUGAGGGUGAAGCAUGUGAGGCUAUGGACGUGGAUGAUGUGGCGAAGAUGGAUGAGAGAAGGAAUGAGCAUCGUGAGAUGUUGCGGAGAACUAAUGCACAAUUAGCUCUUGAGGUCGUGGAGAAUAUCACAGAGAGCAAGAAAGCUAGGGUUUUUCUGCGGCUGGUUCGGCUAAACAUGCCUGAGCAGUUCAGGGAUGUCAUGCAGAGACUGCAAUUCAUUGAAGCGCAUAAAUCAAACUCCCUCAAUUUAAAAUCUGCUGAUCAUCUUCUUGCCAAGUUGUUCUCAAACAUGCAAAAGGUUAUGGAUGGGGAAUAUCAGUUGGCUAGGCAUCAAGUUAUUGGAGUUCUUGUUGACGUUCAUUCUUGUGGUUGGACCUCCUGCCACAAUUCUGGAGCUGGUCGUACUCCUUGUUGGAUUUCUUUUGACAUUUCGAUGGAGAAUGCCGUGGAUGGAAAGCAUCUAAAUGCCAUAUCUUGUAUUGAAAUACUUGCUGAAUUGACAAAGACACUCCAAGUUGUGAAUCAGGCUAGCUGGCAAGAGACCUUUCUAGCUAUGUGGGUUUCUGCUCUUCGUCUUGUACAACGUGACCGCGAACCAAUGGAAGGUCCUAUGCCACAUCUUGAUGCUCGACUUUGCAUGCUAAUGUCUAUUGUUCCAUUGGCAAUAGUUCAUGUUCUAAAGGAUGAGGCUGUGACAGGCACUCUUGAGCAAAAUUGUACUUCAAGAAUGUCAAAAAAUGGAUGUGAUCAUGGCCGUGAUAGAAACAAAUUUGCCUCAAAAAGGCAUGGUCUAAUUUCUGCUCUCCAAGUAUUAGGGCAAUUUUCUAGGCUGCUAUCACCUCCUCCAUCAGUUAUCGUUGCAGCUAAUAAUGCUGCCUCAAAAGCAGCUACAUUCAUUUCGAGUCUCAAGAAAGGAAUUGGCAGUCUAAGUGGAGGCAUCCAGAAUGGUCCUUCUGUCAAAGCAGCGGGAAGCAUGCUGCAUCUUAUAGUUGAAGCCUGCAUUGCAAGGAAACUGAUUGAUACAUCUGCUUAUUUUUGGCCUGACUAUGUGGUUCCACAGGCACCAUCAAAUGAUUCAAUCAUAACUCAUGAAUCUCCUUGGCCAACUUUUAUGGGAGGAGCUCCACUUACUGGUUCCCUUAAAAAUGCUCUCAUAAUGACUCCUGCAUCUAGCCAACUGGAAAUUGAAAGAUUGUACAACAUUGCCUUGAAUGGGUCUGAAGAAGAAAAAACCACUGCUGCAAAAAUUCUCUGUGGUGCAUCUCUUGCUAGUGGCUGGAAUGUUCAGGAACAUGUAGUCCACACUUUGAUCAAGCUACUCUCUCCUCCUCUACCUUUUGUUGCUCAUAUGUCAAUGCUAAAUGCUAUUCUGCUUGGGGUUUCAUGUGUUGACAUUGUUCACAUUCUUUCAUUAUUUGGCGUGGUUCCUCAAGUUGCAGCAGCUUUGAUGCCCCUUUGUGAGGCUUUUGGGUCUUUACCACCACCUCCUGAUCACAGAUCAUGCAUUUCUGAUGAACCUUCUGUCUAUUCGGUCUUUUCAUGUGCAUUUCUUCUUCUGCUUCGCAUGUGGAAAUUUUAUCGACCACCUCAAGAACAUUGUAUUGCAGGUCGUGGAGGAAAUGUCAGGAUGCAAUUAACUUUAGACUACCUCUUAUUACUGCAUAAUACAAUGAUUGAUAUGCAGAAGUCUGCACCUACUGAUGGUGCCAAAAUAACUAUGGACCCUCCUAAUGGAUCAUCUGGUCAACCUGUGUAUAUAGACUCUUUUCCAAAACUGCGAGCUUGGUACCUUCAAAAUCAAGCUUAUAUUGCCUCGACUAUUUCUGGUAUGUCUAGUAAGAACCCAGUUCAUCAAGUUGCCAAUAGGAUAUUGAGUAUGCUUUACCGAAAAACUGCAAAGAAUGGAAGUGUUUCUGCAAAUCCAUCAACUUCAGGUAAUAACACGAGUGGAUCACCUAAUAAUUCUGGGGAUGAUGUGUAUCAAAAACCCAUAGGUCCCGCAUGGGAGAUUUUGGAAGCUACUCCAUUUGUACUUGAAGCCAUGUUGACUGCGUGUGCCCAUGGAAGGCUAUCAUCACGAGAUCUAACCACAGGGUUGAGAGAUCUUGUGGAUUUCCUACCAGCAUCGCUUGCAGCCAUUGUCAGUUAUUUUUCAGCAGAAAUUACUCGAGGUAUCUGGAAACCUGUUCCAAUGAAUGGAACUGAUUGGCCUAGUCCUGCUGCAAACAUUCUCUCAGUAGCAUCUGAAAUUAAAGAUAUCCUUGAAUCUGCUGGAGUUCAUAAUCCCGACUAUCAUACAAGUGGGACUUCACUUGUUAUGCUCCCGUUGCCAAUGGCGGCCUUUGUGAGUUUAACCAUCACAUUUAAGCUAGACAAGUCCUUGGACUACAUUCAUGGAGUGGUUGGGCAGGCUCUGGAGAAUUGUUCAACUGGCUUUUCAUGGCCUAGCAUGCCAGUCAUUGGAGCUUUGUGGGUGCAAAAAGUGCCACGUUGGCAUGAUUUCAUCUUAUUAGCGUGUGCGCGCUCUCCCUUCACUCAGGACAAGGGAGCCACCACCCAGCUGAUCCGAAGCUGUUUCUCUUCCUUUCUUGGUCCAACACUGACUUCAGGUUCUCAUCUAAUAGCUCCUCUAGGAGUGAAUGGGCUCUUAGGUGAAGCUAUCUCAGAUGAUGGGUUCAGGCUACCAGUUGCACCUGGCUUCCUUUACCUCCGAUCAUGCAGAUUGUUUCAUGACACACAUUUUAUCAAUGAAGUAAUCCUCAGGAUGGUUAUUGAGUGGGCUCGUGAACCUGCAACCGGAUGGACUUCUGGAGGAAGUACCAGACUGAAGUCAAGUAGAAACUCAUUAGCAUUUGCUGCUGGAAGAGCAAAGGAGGCAGCCAGUCUUGGGACAAGCCUUCUUUGCGUGGCUGGUGGCCUUCAGCUGGUUCAAGUAUUGUAUGAGGAGACAUUGCCCACAUAUUUACUAACAGCAAGAGAAGCAGAUAAGGGAAGUUCAAGGUCCCUCUCCAAUAUCCUAGAGGGCUAUGCCAUUGCCUACAUGCUUAUCCUCUCAGGUGCUUGUCUUUGGGGAGUUGGGGAGACCUCCUCGGCAUUUGCAUCAUUAUUCUCGUCAAAACGAGCCCGUUCUAUUGGUAUUCACUUGGAUUUUAUUGUGUGGGCCUUGGAAGGUAAUGUUUCCCUUGGGUGCAAUCCUGUGACUUGGAAGGCAUAUGUGUCCUGCCUAGUUGGCUUGCUGGUGUGCUUUGUUCCAGCAUGGGUGCCAGAGAUGAAGCAGGAGACACUGCAGAAGCUGGCACUUGGACUCAGAGGAUGGGGAGAGAUUGACCUUGCACUAGCACUAUUGGAAAGAGGCGGCCCUGCUUCCAUUGAAGAAGUGGUUGAGACUGUGAUGCAAUCACCUUAAAUGUUGCAGUGAUAUGGAAUUCUAGUGAAGGUGCUAAUAAAUCAUAUAUGAUAAUUCUACUGGGUGAUAGAAGUGGCAGGUUUAAGCAUUAUCUCUAGCUUUAGUUUUUCGGCUUAUGGACUACAUUGUAUAUAGGCCAUUAGAAGGUAUGCCUCAGCUCAAUCUUGUGUGCUUCCAAGCUGAUCUGACUAAUUUAAGCUGGCGGGGUUCGCCAUCCAUCUGGCCUACCUAUUCAUCAAUCAAUACUAAAUCAGGUUAGUGGCUGCUGUUGCUGCUGCCAAGGCUCAAAAGUUCUUCCUGCGAUGACCUUUUGCUUCCAGCUGACUAUCCUCAGGUAUUAACAGGCCUGUAAUUUGCUUAGGUUCUGCAGCAUUGACAUAACUGGCAUGAAUGAAGAGCAAGGAUUUUUCUUUAGGAUGUUUUGUCAAAAUUCCAGCAAAAGGCAGCCCUUCUAUUGAUUUCUACUGUUAUUGCACAGCUGGCCUUGGAACAAUGACAUACUUUUGGAACAUUGUCCAGCCUUAUCUGCUGAAAAAUGGUACUGUCUGGGUACUGAUAAUUAUUGCUGUUUCUACGUUUGAUCAACUGAUGAGCAAGUUAUACUGUUGUCACUAUUAGGAAUUUUCACAUGACUGCUGCUCUUGUAAAUGAAUGCUUUUUUUAUUUUAUAAAAAAAAAAAAAAAAAUCAUAUCUGUGCAUUCACACCUUA